UUUUGUUUCUUUGUGAGGGAUGAUUUUUUUUUUUUUCUUCUGGAGCCCAUUUGCUUGCUGCUUGUGGGAUCAAGUUUAAAGCAGCAUCGUGAUUGGCUCACGUCCUCUCUCUCUCUCUUCUGAAGAAGCUUAAUAAGGAGAUGAGAUGACUCUACGAGAAUACCUGUCGAAGAUGAGGGUUGGAAGAAAGAAGGCCGGGAACAGAGAAAGCUGAAUGAAAAGGCUGAAAGUUUUAAAAAGCUAAGUUUAUAAAAGAAAGCUGAGGUAACCGAAAGGGAGGAGCUUUUUUUUUUCUUCCUCUACGUCCUAGCUAGCUAGGGAAGGCUUUUUGCUGUAUCUUCUCUCUCUCUCUCUCUCGCGGCUCUAACCCCAAUCUCAAGCUGCUUUAGUUUCUUACAAAUUAUUAAGCUUUAUAUAGAAAGUGAGGGUGAUUGGUUUCCUUCUUAGGGUUAUAUUAUUGAAGGUAAUCGCAGAAAGAGUGAGAAUUCACCACCCAUGUUAGGCAAUAAUUCUUCCUCUGUCGUUCCUUCUUCUGAGCCAUUUUCUUGCUUGGAAAACGGUAAUAACAACAAGAGGAAAAGAAGGCCCGCAGGAACUCCAGAUCCAGAUGCAGAAGUGGUUUCUCUCUCACCCAAAACACUAUUGGAAUCGGAUCGCUAUGUCUGCGAGAUCUGCAACCAGGGAUUUCAGAGAGACCAGAACCUUCAGAUGCACCGGCGAAGGCACAAGGUGCCAUGGAAGUUGCUAAAGAGAGAGAAUCCAGUGGUGAGGAAGCGAGUAUUCGUGUGCCCAGAGCCAAGCUGCCUGCAUCAUGAUCCCCGCCAUGCUCUGGGUGAUCUUGUUGGGAUAAAGAAGCAUUUCAGGAGGAAGCACAGCAAUCAAAAGCAAUGGGUCUGUGAUAAAUGCUCUAAAGGUUAUGCAGUUCAAUCAGAUUACAAAGCCCACCUCAAAACCUGUGGCACCAGAGGCCAUUCUUGUGAUUGCGGUCGUGUUUUCUCAAGGGUGGAGAGUUUCAUUGAACACCAAGAUGCUUGCAGUAUGGGACAUCUCCGGCCGGAAUCAGUACAAGCAGUACUACAGCCGGCAUGCUUGUCUCGGACGGCUUCAAGUCCGAGCCCAUCCAGCGAGACCAAUUUUAGCACAGGUCCUUGGCCAACUUUAGUUGUGCCAAAGCCAAAACCACCAGACACGACAUUCUUGAACCCUACUGCAGGAGGGAACUCAUCCAGGAAUAUGGCAAGCUACCACAAUCUGGAGCUUCAGCUCUCGACCACCUCGAAUCCCAAUGUCGAUUCCUCGGUUUCCCCUAAAAGAGAUCAUGACACUCAUUCUACCCAACUUCAGCUCUCAAUUGGGUCAUGUGAAUUUGGAGAGAAGAAUGAAUCAAACAUCGCUAAUAGAAACUCACCCAAGGAGCUGAGCAUUAAAAGUGAUCAGAAAUCUGUAGUGGCUGCGUCAAGGCUCAAAGAACAAGCACGCGAGCAGUUAAAGCUUGCCAUUGCCGAGAAGGCUCAUGCCGAGGAGGCUAGACAACAAGCAAAGCGCCAGAUUGAACUAGCAAAGCAGGAAUUUGAGAAUGCAAAGAGACUUAGGCAACAGGCGCAGGCUGAACUAGAUAAGGCUCAGACUCUGAAAGACCAUGCAAUCAAACAGAUUAAUUCGGCAAUUCUUCAAAUAACUUGCCAUGCCUGCAAGAUGCAAUUUCAUGCACUGACAACUGUGCCUUCCGAUGAUAAUUCUCUGGUACUGAGUUACAUGUCGUCCGCCAUAACCACAGAAGGUGAAGUAGUAGAGAUCGACAAUCGAACUGAUCAUGCAAAAUCAGCUAAACCUUAAGAUCUCUCUCUCUCUCCCUCUCUUUCUGUCAACGCUUUUUUUUACCCUUAAUAUUCUGUCUACCAAUAUACGAAGUGAGUUGUUGUGGCCAUAUUAGGUUUUGAUUAGAAGAGUGAUCAUGUAUCUUGCAAUUCAUGUUGUGGUUUUAAUUUGUUCAUAAUUAAUUUGGUAAAUGCGGACUAUUAUAAUGGAUUUUGGUUAUAAA